ACCAGCCGGACCACCCUGCCCAGACAGGCGGGGAAAGCGCUAGGUGCGCCCAGGGCGCAGGACGAGGGAACUCCCCAAGGUGCCGCCGCCGCAGCUGUUGCUCGCUUCGCCGGACAUUGCUGGCAAGGCGCAAAGGUGCCUUCGGAGACUGGGCCAGCUCGGCGCAUGCGCCGCUCUCUCCGGCAUCACAGCUCUGCCUGUGGAUUGAAAGUUACAUCCCUUGAAUCUUCGCGGGAGGGGGUGGGGAGAGGGAAGGGGGAGAAAGAGGCAGCAACUCUCCACCCGGAGGAAGGAAUGUGGGCAGCUCGGCCGCGGGAGCGCGUGGGGAUUUUGCUCUUCCCGGCGAUGAUAGCCAUGGUCUGCUAUGCCAAGAGCCUGAAUGAGCCCAGCAACAUGUCCUACGUGAAAGAGACCGUGGACAAAUUGCUGAAAGGAUACGACAUUCGCCUGAGGCCGGACUUCGGAGGCUCUCCCGUUGACGUUGGCAUGAGAAUAGAGAUUGCCAGUAUAGAUAUGGUCUCGGAAGUCAACAUGGACUACACACUCACUAUGUAUUUCCAGCAGUCCUGGAGGGAUAAAAGACUAUCAUACUCUGGAAUACCUUUGAAUCUGACGUUAGAUAACAGAGUGGCUGACUAUCUCUGGGUACCAGAUACAUACUUCCUGAAUGACAAGAAGUCCUUUGUUCAUGGAGUUACUGUGAAAAAUCGAAUGAUUCGGCUACAUCCGGAUGGAACUGUUCUUUACGGUUUGCGGAUCACUACCACGGCUGCCUGCAUGAUGGAUUUACGAAGGUACCCUCUGGAUGAACAAAACUGCACGCUGGAAAUUGAAAGCUAUGGAUACACAACGGAUGAUAUUGAGUUCUACUGGAAUGGAGGGGAAUCUGCUGUAAGUGGAGUUAAUAAAAUUGAGCUCCCUCAAUUCUCAAUUAUCGACUACAAGAUGAUCUCAAAAAGAGUAGAGUUUGCAACGGGAGCAUACCCUCGGCUGUCACUGAGCUUUCGACUUAAAAGAAACAUCGGCUACUUCAUUUUGCAAACCUACAUGCCUUCUACUCUGAUUACGAUUCUGUCGUGGGUAUCUUUCUGGAUCAACUAUGAUGCAUCUGCUGCUCGAGUUGCACUAGGGAUCACCACUGUGUUGACCAUGACCACCAUCAGCACUCAUCUCAGGGAGACACUGCCAAAGAUUCCCUAUGUGAAGGCAAUUGACAUCUACCUAAUGGGGUGCUUCGUGUUUGUGUUCCUUGCCUUGUUGGAAUACGCAUUCGUGAACUACACCUUCUUCGGCAAAGGCCCACAGCAUCAGAAGAAAGCAGCUGAGAAGGCCAGCAGUGACAAGAGGAAACUGGAGAUGAAUAAAGUUCAGAUUGACGCCCGUGGGAAUAUUCUUCUUACUACCCUGGAAAUGAGAAAUGAAGUCAGCAGCGCCAAUGUGCUGGCAACUUUGAAUGACCCGAGAGCUACCAUGUACUCCUACGACAGCGCCAGCAUCCAUUACAGGAGGCCUGCCACCACAAGGGACCUCUACAACAGGAGCACUUUGGAUAGACAGACAACCCAUCAAAAGGGACGCCUACGGAGAAGAGCGUCGCAGCUCAAGGUCAAAAUCCCAGAUUUGACUGAUGUCAAUUCCAUAGACAAGUGGUCCAGGAUGGUUUUUCCCAUCACCUUUAUCCUUUUCAAUGUGGUCUACUGGCUUUAUUAUGUGCACUGAGUUAUGCUGUGAUCCCUCCACCUGCCUAGCCCAGACUCCUGUUCUCAAAUUUGCCAACCUUAAAGACUGUUGUAGCCGCAGUGCUACAUAUUCAAGGUACAAUAUUCAGCCAUUCUGUGGGUUAGGGUGCCCUUUUAACCAUAUCCCAAAAAUCAAACCAUGUUUACUUCAAAAAAGAAGAUAAUAUCUAUUUGAACAUGCGCUCAUCCUUUUAGAUCUGCUUUCAAAGAGCGACACUGAAGACACAAGUGCUACCCCUCUGUUUUGUUCUAAGGUUAUUUCUGGUGAUCUUUCCUUUCUUUUUUCUUAGCAUUUAAAACAUGGCGUGAAAAUUCUGCCUUAUUUUCCAAAACACAUACAUUGGUCCUAACCGUAGGCUUGUUCACACAUUACACUGAACACAGGUACCAGCUUUCUCUAACACGUGUACAAGUGUUUGUGUGAAAGAGUGUGCAGCUAAUUUGUUGAUUUGUACAUCUCAGCACAGGUAUACACUCAUGGAAUGUUACAUGUUUGCGUGUACAGCUCAACUGUUUGUGUACACAGAUUGUACACUCACGAAACAUAAUGUGUUCCUAGUACCUCCAUAUUAUUUGCCAAACAAAGCUCAAGUGUUAUUCAAGAAAAGGCAAAGCUACAGCUGCAUGCAACCCUAAUCACACUUAUCUAGGAGUCAGUCCCAUUGAACAAAGUGGUUUCCAAGUAGACAUGCACAGAAGUGCGCUGUACACAUGUCACCAUAAAUAGGUUCCCAGAUCAAGAACUGAUAUAUAGCUUGAACGCCCAGAACGCCCUUCUGACACUAUCAGAGCAGAUUUAGGGUUGUAUCACUUAAUCUGAUAAUUCGUAGAUCAAAAACAUGUCGAUGAACCGGCUAGCUUUUUCAAAUUGUUCAUAAACUCUAAUACAAAUGACUGCAAAAAAAAAAAAAAUCAUGACUAGCAGGGAGCAUCUUAGAAACAGACUUCUAUGAAGGCAAUGCCUCUUUCAAAACUGCAGGAAUGCCUGCUACAAAAUAACCAUAGGUCUCUAAAAGCAAAGAAUGCUUUUCUUUCUUCAAAACUAUAGCUUCGUUUAUAUGCAGAUGUAUGCGGAUUUAAUCAAUAAUCAAUUAUCUAGACAGAACACCUAAUGUGUGUCUUUGGGAUCUGGGCUCGAUGGCUGGUCUACAGCACAAGUGAAGCUGUACCAACAUUACAUAUUAAGGGUUGCUGGAAGAAAAUAAGUGCCAAUUCAGAUUUUGCCUUUCCUGCUCUGUCAUGGUGUUAGUUUUGUGAGAACACGCUGGAGUCUUUAUUAGCAAUUCCUGGCCCCUAUCAGAGGACAUUUUUCUCUCUUUUUAGGAGCUAAAGUAGAUGUGGCAUUCCAUCACAGGUCACCAAUAACUGGUUCCUGAGGGCACACAUGAACUCACAGGCGCCCAAAGGAUUCCCUGCUCCCCACCACCAAUUGAAAUUAGGCUUGAUAAAAGCAUUCUAACAUAGGCAAUAGAACAGGCUGUGGUGUGUGCUUGGUUGUACUGUGUGUUUGUGGUACCUGUAGCAGUUUCUCUGGUAUGUGAGUGUUCCCAUGCGCCCAAAAAGGUUGGUGAGCCCUGAAUUACACAAUUGGCCACUGUCUGCUUGGGUUCCUUUUUCCCUUUACUUAAUAGGCAGCCAUAGCCUUGUGGGGAGAGGGGCAGCAAGGAGGAAGCUUGCAGUGCUGAUCUGGGUAGUCACCCCCAUCUCCGUGGCUGCUACUUAUCCUAGGAAGGAAGCUGUCAUUGGUACCAGUAGGAGUUUCCCUCCUAGUGCAAAUAGAAGUCACAGGGUGCAGGGUGCAAUCCAGUAAAGGGUUAAAUGCCCCCUUCCGCAACUCCAUGGUACCCCAGCCCCACCCCAGGAUGCAAGGAACCGGAGCUGGAAUACAAAUUUCAUCACCCUUUAUCUUUGGCCAUGCUGGAUAUUGGUGUAGAGAUAGAGAUAGAGAUAGAGAUAGAGAUAGAGAUAGAGAUAGAGAUAGAGAUAGAGAUAGAGAUAGA